AUGCCAUCAGUCAAACUAGAAGCUGAGGACCAUUCCCGAGAUGCUGCCUUUAGCAAAGCCAUGCACAAGGAUUCGGCGAAAGCGCAAGGAGGAUUUCGGGCGAUGGUAGGCAAGGACAAGGCAGCGCAAAAGUUAGCCGUGGAAGAAUACUUCAAACACUGGGAUAAAGGUGCUCGAGAGGAAACCACACAGGACCGCGAGUCACGCAAAGCCGAAUACGCAACACUAACGAAACAUUACUACAAUCUCGGCACUGACUUGUACGAAUAUGGCUGGGGCCAAUGUUUCCAUUUCUGUCGCUUCGCCUACGGAGAGCCCUUCUACCAAGCCAUUGCUCGUCACGAGCAUUAUCUCGCCGCCAAAAUUGGAAUCAAGGAUGGAGAUUCUGUGCUGGACGUUGGCUGUGGUGUUGGCGGACCGGCGCGAGAGAUGGCCAAGUUCACCGGUGCACAUAUAACCGGUCUCAAUAACAACGAUUAUCAAAUUGAGCGUGCCAUCAAGUAUGCAGAGAAGGAAGGGCUCUCGGAUCAGUUGGCUUUCGUCAAGGGUGACUUUAUGCAAAUGUCGUUCCCGGAAAAUUCAUUUGACUGUGUAUACGCAAUUGAGGCCACAGUACACGCUCCUUCGCUCGAGGGCGUCUACUCCCAGAUAUUCCGCGUUCUCAAGCCUGGUGGAGUCUUUGGUGUGUACGAGUGGCUCAUGACAGAUGACUAUGAUAACGAGAACGAGCAUCACCGCAAUAUUCGCAUCGGGAUCGAGCAAGGUGAUGGUAUCUCCAACAUGGUCAAAAUUUCUGAAGCUCUUACUGCCAUUAAGGCUGCAGGGUUUGAGCUCGAGCUACAUGAAGACUUGGCUCAGCGGCCCGAUCCGGCCCCAUGGUACUAUCCACUCGCUGGUGAUUUCAGCAUGAUGGGCAGCGUCUGGGACUUUCCUACCAUUUUCCGUAUGACUAAGGUUGGUCGCUUCAUCGCUCACAAGUUUGUCGGACUCCUGGAGAGUGUAUAUCUCGCCCCAGAGGGCACCCAAAAAACGGCAGACUGUUUAGCCGUUGCAGCUGAUUGUCUGGUGGCGGGCGGAAGAGAAAAUUUAUUCACACCAAUGUACCUAAUGGUAGCGAGAAAGCCCCUCAAAUAG